AUGCCGGAGCACGGUGACAACUCAUCCGUGCCCAGCUGGGAUGGCUCAGCCAGGACGUGGCGGAGGUUUACUCGAGAAGUUGCUUGGUACGUACAGUCGGUGCCAGCGCACAAGCGCCGCUAUUGUGCGGCAAGACUUCUUGGAAGGCUGAGUGGUCCAGCUCGGCUCUUGGCCAUGUCUUGGUCAAAGAUGGCCUUUGACUCCGAAAGAGGAGUCCACCUGCUGCUUCAACGGUUGGCAGCCUCGCCUCUUGUCCGAAAGACCUUGCCCAAUGCGGCGGCCAUCUGCACUCAGUACUUCGCCUUCAAGCGCAAUCCUCAUGAGUCGAUGUCGAACUUCCUGGUGAGAGAGACGCUGGUGCAUGAGGAGUUCUCGGAGGCAAUCAUCAGGUUGCAUGAAGAGAAGGUUGGCGUGUCUCAAGAGACUCGCGACUACGGGUUACCACCAACCACAGGACGUGAAGCUGAAUGGAGCUGGUGGGAAGAUGAUGAGGGCUGGCGAGACGAGGACUACGACGCCGGCGAGGAAGGACCUGCUGGAGAAGGCGAUCAACCGCAAGGUGACGGCCGACCUGAACCUGAAGGUGCCACUCCCGGAGGGCAACCAGCUGCAACAGGAUCGUCACCAAGCCGACGUGAUGGUGGAGGAUCGCAAGUCGGCUCCAUCGCCCCGGAGGAGGAGCCGAAGCCGGCGAAGGCCAUCGACGAGCUCUCCAUUGCUGAUUCCUUCAUCAUGGAGGUGUUGCGCGGCUGGCGAUUGUUGCAGGCUGCUGGACUGAAUGCCGAGGAGAAGCGGGACAUCCUGUCAACGACCCGCAACAGCCUGGAGUAUGGCACCGUCGCGGCUGCUUUGCAAGGACUCUGGGAUGAGCAACUACUGGGCUACCGACACCAGGGCUCUGGCAGCGGCUCCGGCUUCCAUGCGAACUACGUCGACCACCAGGAGGCGGAUGAGCUCUUCUACCAGGAUGCCUGGUGGGACGAUGGUUGGUGGGAUGAUGGCGGCUACGGCUACUACACAGGCAUCGACGAUGGAUGGUGGGAAGGCGAAUGGGAAGCUCCUGGAGAAAGUGCGCUUCAGGGACUUGCAGCUGAGUCGCCAGACGACAAUCCGGCUAUCAAGGAGGCAGCGCAAGCAGAACAGGUGGCGGAAGCACUGGCGUUGGAAGCCACCAGAACCUGGACGGAAGCGCAACGUGCGACGCAGGCACUCCGGAAGGACCGUGGAUUCGGAGCAGCCGGUCCUGGAGUAGCAGCGAAGUGCUACAAUUGUGGCGCCAGUGGUCACAUGGCUCGCGACUGCCCUGAUCGCCGUCACCCAUCCUUCACCAAGGGCCUCGGACGAGGCAAGGGCUACUGCAAGGGUGGCUACCACAUCGAUGUGGACGAGCACUACAUCAACUACAUGAAGGGCAAGGGAAAAGGCAAGACGAAGAAGGGAAUGUGGAUGGAAACGAAUGCUCUGUGGGCAAAGGGCAAGAACAAGGGCAAGGGCAAGGACCCCUACCGGACCGUGAAUGCGUAUGCCUCGGAGUACUUCUUGGGCGGCUUGGAGGUGACGAACGUCCUGGACGCGGCAUCUACUACAACGGCGGGCACGGAGCCCCACUGUGGUAUGAUCGACUGUGGUGCGACGGCGUCAGCAGCGCCAGAGGCGGUGGUGAAGGGCUUGAUAGAUGCCGUUCUCACACGUGACAAGUCAGCCAAGAUCGAGUUUGACCAAUCUGCGCGGCCAUACUUUCGGUUUGGGAAUGGUCGUUGGGGCAGGGCUCUAUGCAGGGUUAGAAUAGAGAGUCGUGCAUCCGGAAAGCCUCAAGAGUUCGCCCUGUACACGUUGCCCAACCCCGCGGAGUACUAUCAGAAUGACCUUGAUAAGUCUUCCCUUGUACCCGUCCUGAUUGGCAUGGACUACCUUGGCAAGACUGGAGUCGGCAUGAUGAUAGACUUCACCACAGGCCUUGCCAUGAACACGAGGGAUCCCGAACCCGAAAUCUACCAGUUGAGUACCAAUCGGAAAGGCCACUAUGUCCUCGACAUUGUACAACAUCUUACCAAGGGAUGUGUCUGCAGUGAUGGCCAAGCUCACGUUGUGAUACACGCUUCACAUCCCAAAGAAGAUCCUCAUGUGGAAACCCAGUGCCUGGAACUAGGUACUCUGUGGCUUGACAUGACUGCAUGUGAUCGAGAGUUGGACGAACAGGUCGUGAAUCCUCAGCCGCUUCGGCUGCAAUGUGCGGACUGCCAGCAGUUCCUGCCCCCCCGACAACUUCCUCUUCGUGUUCACUCGGUCAUGUCGCGCCCCUCGCCGCAGACGACCGAGCAGAUCUUCGUGGCCGAGAUCAAAUCCAAGACGCCAAAGGCGAAGGCGCGGCCCCUCGAUCCCAGUCGCCGGGUGCAAGGCGACGUGAGAGAUCCUCGAGCCUCCAGCAAUCAGUGGCCGUGUUACAACCGCCACAUUGCGGACACCCCGAAGUCGAAUCCCCACGGCCAAUGGAUCCACUGUGCCAUAUGCGACCUACGACUGGAGUAUCUUCCUCGCGAAGGGUCUCAUGGGCAAUCAGCGGCGGCAAAGAACCCCGAGAUGGUGCGGAGGAUGCUGCAGGAGCUCGAACCCUUGAUGAAGGGAGCAGCUGAAGCACUUGAUUCUGCAGCACAAGGACAUGACCUCGAGGGCCACGCCAGUGACUCCAUCGACGGCGGCAUCGCCAACACCGCAUACGGGACCGGUAACGACGAGCUCUCCCAGCAAUACUUCCAACGACAGCUGGCAGAUGGCCCCGAACGACCAGGCCCUCAAUGCAGCGUACGAGCUGGGAAUGGAUCAGUGAAGGCCAAGGACAUGCCGUUGUACAUGGGCAAGAAGGUGAUGAAGAUGGUGGCCAUGAUGACAGCGCUGACCGCUGGCAUGCUCAUGAAUCUGCACCUUGGUGACAGGGAUGGACUCUGGGAGAUUGCGUGUGCCCCCCACAGUUGGUUGAGUGAAUCGGCCACGGAACACGGGCUCAAUCCCAGAAGAAUCAAUCUACAGGCCGGCUAUGACCUCUACAAGAAGGAGACGUGGGAGAGGCUUCGCGAACUUCGCCUUCAACGACGGCCUAAGAGAUUGUGGAUCUCCUUACCUUGUACGAAAUGGUGCAGUUGGACCUCCCUGAACUAUGCCCAUCGACCUGAAGAACUAGAAGCGGCAAGACGCAAGGAGAGACGCAUGCUGUGGGAGGUCAACAAGUUCCUCAAGGAAGCCCUUUACGACGACCCGGGCCUCCUCAUCUACUUCGAGUGGCCUCAUCCAUGCUUUGGUUGGAAGCAACGACCUCUGGAAGAUCUGGCCGAGUUCAUGGACCAACAGGCCAUUCCCUGGCUUCACUGUCGGAUUGAUGGAUGCAAUUACGGACUUCGAUGUGAAGAUGAGUCAGCAUUCAUCUUGAAGAAGUGGCUGGUGAAGACGACGGACGAGCAGUUCCAUCGGGUAUUUCGGGCAAAGGUGUGUCCUGGAAACCAUCAGCACACCCGCAUCGAGGGCAACGAGUCGGCCCGAUCUUCAUACUACCCCUGGCGCCUGUGCCAGGCCAUCACACGCCAUUGGCGUGACCAAACCGUACCUCCACGUCACCUACAUAUGUUGGCGCAGCGGAAGGAUGAGGAGGAAAUGGAUGCAAGUGAUGAUCUACGAGAUGAAGAAAUGGAUGCAGGAGGUGCUGUCCUUGAGGCAAUUCAAGUGGUUGAAGAGUUAGCACGUGAUCUACUACAACGACAAGAUUUUUCGAGAAAAGCGUGUGAGCGACUUCUACUUCAGAUGCCAACGAGGGGUGGUACCAUCGGACAUGCUCGACAAAAGGGCAUCCAAGGUGGUGUGUCGGCCCACAUGUACGGCAGCUAUGUCUAUGGCGGCUUCAGUGGGGUGACAAACCACAGCCAGCGAUAUCCAGCGGCAACCAAGUACCUGAACCAAUUCCUCCGACAACACAUUCCUCAUGGCACAUGGACGAGUCUGAUGGUGAGCUACAAUACGCGUGCCCUACCACACCGUGAUCUUAACAACGCCAGGAACAGCAACAACUACCUGGUGUGCCUUGGCUCCUACGACGGUGGUGGGUUGUGGCUACGCGGACCAGACCAGUGCGGCAAAACACCGAAUCGUCGUCGAGGAUCGGACGGCACCAUGUGGUACGGUCAUGUCCGAGAAACGAGGGAUCAAGUGGUGGAGUUCUCACCUCAUGUUUGGCAUGCCACUGAAUCCUGGUCGGGCUACCGCAUAGCAGUGGCAGCCUUCACCACGAGAACGACGACGCCACUCGAGAAGGCAGACAUCGACACCUUGCAGAAGCUUGGUUUUCCUCUUCCACAGCUGUCCUCUGCCAUCUGGUGUCAUGCUGCUACACAGGCGACUGAUACAGAAGUUGAGGACCAACCGCUACCCGAUGGUGUGACGAAGGACGAGUACCAGAACUGGGAGUCCAAGGUGGCCAAAUUCCAUCGAGCUGCAGGGCACCCCACGAACCGCAACCUCGCCAAGAUCAUUGCAGAUGCUGGCCAUGAAUCCUGGAAGAUAUCCGUCGCCAAGAAUCACAAGUGUCCUGCUUGCGCUAGUCUUCGGCCCGGCGGCACCAGCUCAGGACAAAUCCCACCAGCGGCAACGAGGGAGCAGUACAAGGCUUGGGAGGCCGUGGCCGUAGAUGGAGGAGAGUGGAUUCCACCAGGGCGCAAGGUGAAGGUGAAGUUUCUCUUGUUCACGGACGUGGCGACGAAGUUAAGGAUGGUCCAGCCAUUAUGCUCAUACUCCCUCUUGGAAAUGCGAGCUGAGACGGGUGCGGACUUCAUGAAGGCCUUUGCAGAGCGAUGGUUAGGGAUGUUUCCAAAGCCUCGCGUAGUGCUCCUGGACGCAGCCAAAAGCUUCAUCUCCGCACAGGUGCACGAAUUCUUGUCCAACUUGAACAUCCUGGUGCAUCACGUGGCCGAGAAGGAGGCUUGGGCACAUGGUGUGGCGGAGGCGUCUGUUCAAGACGUCAAGCACACUUCGUCGGCGAUUUCCUUGGACAACCUUGAGCUCGACCCCAUGAUCGUCAUGCAGCUAGCCACGUCGGCGCUGAAUUCGACCGAAUACACCGCUGGAUACUCCGCAUACCAGUGGGCUUUUGGCACCAACUACAGCGUCAGCGAUGAGGACCUUCGCACGUAUGAGGCCAUCGACCGGAAGACAGAAUACGUACAAUUGGUUUCGGCCCGGCAACGAGCAGAAGAGAUUGCCCGCCGGACAAGAGCUCAUCGUGUUCUGACAAAGCUAGCCAAUACAACCUCACGGCAGCCUCUCCGGAACUAUGCCCCGAUGGACCUGGUGAAGGUGUGGCGACGAGUUUGGCCCCAGGAGCAAUACAAGGGGCCCCGUGGAGGAUUCAAGAAAUCAGGACGACCACACUGGGUUGGACCUGGAAGAGUGGUGUUCAGCGAGAUACUUCCCCACCAACACGCCGAUGAUGAUCGACGCCACAUUGUGUGGGUUCUUGUCGGAAGCCAGCUGCUAAGAUGUUCGAUCCAUGCUGUCCGUCCUGCGACGGAAGUGGAAAGGUUUCAGUUCGAGACCUCCGGCAUCGAGGACCCAACCACGUGGAAAUCACUUGCGGACAUCAUGCCAAAGAGGGAAUACUUCGACCUCACUGAUCAGGUUCCUCAAGAAGCCGAUGUGGAAGUACCUGACCUACCACCGCAUCCGGAUGAGUCGACAUCAGUGGUUCCCAAGAGGAGGGCCAUUGGAAAGGUGACCUUUCGCGCUGGGGACUAUGUGCAACGACCUGUUCGAGAACGACUACAUCGUGAAGGUGGAGUGGAUGACGCUGGGGACGAGGACCGUGCUCCGACUACAGAUCCGUCAGUUCCAGCUAGUUCAUCGACUACCACUCCGGCUACAGAUCCAUCAGUUCCAGCUAGUUCAUCGACUACCACUUCGGCGGCUACAAAACAUAGCACUGACGUGAAUGACUACGACCUUCCUGACAAAAAGAAGCAACGACAAAGUGAGCCGACAUGGGUCGACGACUUGUACGCCGAGGAACAGAACGAAGAGAAUACCUACGACCUCUAUGCGGCACUGGACGACACCGAGGAGUUCAUGCGCAUUGAGUUCGACGUCGGUGGCGACAUGUCUCACCGGCAACAGAAGCAACUACAGCGCAACCCCGUGGCAUACAUGGUCAAGAAGAUGCGGGACAGCGAGGUCGUGUUGAGCAAGUUACCGGCCCAUGAACGACCACUAUUCUCUCGAGCCAAGGCGAAAGAAGUCGAUUCCUUCAUCAAGAAUGAGGCGGUUCGGAAGUGCCUGAACAAGGACGAGAUCAAGCAGGCAUACGACAGCCAACGGAUAGUCAAGGCAAGAUGGGUCUUGACUUGGAAAUUGGUACCGCCCGAAGAUCGAGCUGAAGCACUGCAAGACAGCCAACAGAACUCGGAGACCCUGCAUUCACGAGAUGGCUCCAGAAAGGCUAAGGCGCGCAUCGUGCUACUGGGUUUCCAGCACCCAAGUCUUCUGGAUCCCACCUUCAAGACGGCGAGCCCUGUGCAGUCCACGUUGGGACGCAACCUCCUGUACACCAUGGCGGCCCAUCACCAAUGGAUGCUGGAAGGCUUGGACCUGGCGACGGCGUUUUUGCAGACCAAGCCAACAGAGGCCGAUCAGGAGUUGUGGACAACAGGUGUGGAAGAGCUUCGAGAAGCCCUUGAUGUUGGUUCGGAGGGAAUCAUGCGGAUACUUCGGAACAUCUAUGGCAGCACAACGGCUCCCCGUGGUCUUUGGUUGUCGCUACACAAGAAGCUGACAGAGCUUGGUGGACAGGCUGUACUUGGCGAACGGUGCUUGUGGAUAUGGCUAUCCAAAACCGUCAUGGAUGGCAACCACCCGAAGGUCAUUGGUGCAAUGGGCGGACAUGUUGAUGAUUUCCACCGCAUCGGGGACGAUAGCGACGAGUGGAAAGCCGUGAAGGAGAGCGUGGACAAGGCCUACAAAUGGGGCAUGGCCAAGCGAGGUGCCUACCGUCACGCCGGCACUGACGUGUCGACGGUGAAGGACGAGCAUGGCUAUGACCAGAUCGUGGUGGAUCAGGCGUAUUACAUCGAGACGCUCCAGGAUGUGGCCAUCGAGACGGACCGACUACGCAGUGGAGAAGCACUGCAGAAGCGUGAUGUAGACGCCUGCCGUGCGGCGUUAGGCGCUCUUCAGUGGCUGGCCAUACAGUCACAGCCCCAGCUGUGUGCACGAUGCAACUUGCUGCUGACGGAGUUGGUCACCAAUGGGACAAUGGAAACUGCCAGAGAGAUUCAGCAGAUGAUUGGUGAAGUCAGGCAGGAAUCCUUCAAGUUGGUGUUCCGUAAAUUUCCUCAGGCUCGACACUGGAGUGAGUUGGUGUUCAUCUCGAUGGGAGACCAGGCUCACAACAACAGGCCCAAGGGAGACUCCACUGGCGGCAUGGUGACGUUGGUGGCGGGACCAGAGAGUGUGGAUGGCCAAGUGACGGUCAUGUCUCUUCUAGCAUGGCGCACGUGGAAAUUGCGUCGCAAGGCGAUUGGUUCCAACGAUGCUGAGGUUCAGUCGAUCCUGGAGGCGGAGGAUCAGAACUUCAGGACCCGGCUGCUUUGGACCGAGCUUCAUGGAGCUGCCGGCCGCGAUGAACAACGUGCUCUUCGCAGGGACUUGGUCAAUGUGGUGGAAGAUCAGAUCCUGCAAGUCAAAGGGAUCCUGUGCACGGAUUCCCGUGGUGGCUAUGAUGCUGUGGAAGUGAAUGAGAGCCCGUUGUUGGGCUUGAGCAACAUGCGUGCCGCUCUCCAGGCGUUCCAGCUGAGAGAUAACCUCCGCCGAGCCGGAUGUGAACUUCGUUGGUUGGCCUCAGACUACGACUUGGCUGAUGCACUGACUAAGCGCAAGCUUGAGGCAAGACUAGGACUUUUGAAGUUCCUUCGCAGCGGGCACUGGAGCAUUCGCUUCGACCCAUCCUUCACUUCAGCCAAGAAGGGCAAGAAGCAAGGAAGAUGUGCCAUCGAUACUGUAGAUCAACAUUUGCGAAACGGCCCCGACAUUUCGGCACUCGAAGUGUUGCUGAACGUUUUUGGGGGUGAUGCAACUUGUAUGCUUGAGGAGUUCAAAGAGGUGCCCACGUCGCAGGAGCCGCUGUCAGUGGCCGAUGCGGCCAGCUUCUCAGGUAACCCUUGA